CAGGCCCAUUAGGUGGUCAGGGGAUGAAUAUAAUACGUGGCGGCUGUUGUUAAUUAAACAACCAUGCAUACCCUGCUUCUUCUCCAGAAAUCAAAUCGUAACGUAACGAUGAGCUUGUGCAGACCCAUGGUAUCCACAUCUUUUUGGGUAAAACCCACGCAGGCGGACCGCAGCUCCCAUCCUCCAUCGUUUCUCACACUCAACCACCCCCCUCCAUCGUUUCAAUCAAUCGGAAUUAAGGAUGCAUUCCAUGGUUCUUUAUUGAGGGAGUGUCACUGCAUUCCUUCAAAUUGGCCUACUGAAACAGUACCAUAUAGUUUAUUGGGGGAUUGGCGGAUUAUCAAACAGCCACCAGGUGAAAGGACCCCGAGCAAACUUUCAACUUAUGAAAUACUUGGACCCGGAAUGAUUAUCUUGAAGAAUUACGUCAGCCUCACGGACCAGGUUGAUAUAGUGAACAUAUGUGAAAAGUGGGCCGCAGGUCCUGGGGGGUUUUACAUGUACAAAAGUGAUGAAGAUCGUCGACGACAAAUGUGUUUUGGUCGAAACUGGGAGCCGGAAACAGGGUAUAGGAACUGUUACAGAAGUAAUGGUUUUAAACCACCACCGGUUCCACAUGAAUUUAUCUCAUUGGCUGAAGCUGCAAUUAAAGAUGCUCAACUCUAUCUGGAUGAUCUUCCUUCAAUGUACCCCGAUACUUGUUUAGUCAGUUUCUAUAAAACCAAUGGUCGACUUGGCCUUCAUCAGGAUUGUGAUGAGAGCUCAGAUUCUCUAAGAAGAGGAUUGCCUGUGGUUUCCAUCUCCAUUGGCACUACUGCAAUAUUUGUGUAUCGCCGUACUGAACAUAAAAGAAAGCUGAAAGAUGUUUGGUUGGAUUCAGGUGAUGUAUUGAUAUUUGGUGGCAAGUCUAGACAUAUUUAUCACGGGGUGGAGCACGUCGGUUGCAACACAUUUUCUGAUGAUUUAUAUCUAGAAAGCAAGAUGAGGUUGGGCCGUCUAUCCCUUACUCUACGGCAAUUCUGAUCUUGUUUGAGUUUUAUCAUGCCAUGUUUCGUGUUUGUCAUAAAGUAACUAGUGUGUUGAGCCUGGACUUUUGUUUAUGUUAUUUGAGUCAACUUUAAAUUAUAAUUCCUCUUAAUAUAUAGGUAAUUUGGAGCUA